AUUACAGGAUUCAGGUGAAGCGUUAACACACUGCAUCCCUGAGCGUUUCCGCCCUCCAAACACCCUCACUGCGCCCUCAGUGGUCACCGCGACCGCUGCCCUUCCUUCUUCCCGUCUCGUUAGGGUUUUCUUCAUGGACUCCGAAGCAGCAACGGGAGAGACCAACAGCACCGCCGGAGGAUCCCUUGCCGAAGACUCUGAGCAUGAAGUCAACGAGCAGAGCAACGAGGAUGGCUCGCCUGCCUCACUGGCUGAGGCUGGAGGUGACGAAGAGAGCAACGAGGUAGAGGAGGAAGGCGAAGAAGGGGCGGACGAAGCCGCGAUGGAGGGUAAGCGGAAGAGAGGGAGAGGAAAGGAGCAGAGAGGUGAGGGGGAGGAGGAAGUGACGGCGAAGAAGGAGACAAAACGGCGGUUGAUUGCGAGGGAAGGGGUCACGCCGGUAGAUAGGCCGUCCAGGGAGCGGAAAAGGGUCGAGAGGUUCGCUGCGAUGUCUCCGCGUAAAAUCUCUGUGCCAAAGACUCCGUCUUUCGAACAGGGUUCUGGUCAGAAGCUGAAAGACAUACCCAAUGUUUCAUUCAAGCUAUCUAAACGAAAAGCUGAUGAGAAUCUUCGAGCUCUUCAUACCCUUCUCUUUGGAAGAAAAUCAACUGUACGAUAUCUUAAGAGGAAUAUCCUGCAGUUCUCUGGAUUUGUUUGGAGUCAAAAUGAGGAAAAACAGAGAACAAGGGUGAAAGAAAAACUUGACAAGUAUACUAAGGAAAGAUUGCUUGAUUUCUGCGAUCUACUUGAUAUUCAUGCUGUAAAGACCACUACCAAAAAGGAAGAAAUUGUAUCAAAUUUAUUGGAAUUUUUGGAGUCGCCUUGCAUUACUAGAGAUGUAAUACUUUCAGAAAAGAAAGGGAAGAGACGGGGGCAGUCAAAAGGAAUAUCUGGAGGCAUUUCUUCAGAAAAAAGUAACAAGAAACAAAGAACUGGUAACAAACAACCCACUGCAGAUGAGAAUGGAGAUACUGAAGAGAAUGUUUCUGGUGAUGCAAAGGAUGAAACAAAAGAUGGUGAAGAUGAUGGGGAUUCUUCAGAAGAGAGUGAACGCUGUAAGAGUGAAGAUGAGGAAGAACAAAAUGAACCUGCUCCAACCAAUAAAGGUUCUGCUGCCCAGCAAACAAAGAAGUCCAUUGCGCCAUCCAAGAAGAGCAAGGUUACUCCUGUUAAACAGAUCCCUUCUGGAAAAGAUUCAGAAGAUGAUUUAGAUGUGUUUAGUGAAGAUGAACCAAGUUCACCUCCAGAAAGCAAAAAGCAUUCUGGUAAGGAGACGAAUGAACUAGAAACCAUGAUCUCAGCAAAAGAGAAAAGUUCAAGAACUAAGUCUGCUAAUAGCACUAAAAAAAGUACCUCUACAUCUUCUGCAAGAAAAAGUGAUUCUUUAGAGGGUAGUGAUUCUGAACCACCUUCAGAUUCAAAACCCAAAAAAGAAGUUGAUAGAAAAGGCAAGGCUAAGGAGAAACCUCCAUCCAAGAAAGAAGGCACCAGCAGGAGAAAAAAAGCCAAACCAGAGUCAGAGGAAACAAAUAAAAAACAAGGAAAAUCGAAGCUAAAUCAAGCUAAGAAAAAUGAACCCAGCACUGAGGAGUUGCAUUCUGUUGUCAGUAAGAUAUUGAAAGAAGUGGAUUUCAACACUGCAACUUUGGGAGAUAUUCUGCGUCGGUUAGGAGCUCACUUCAAUACGAAUCUGAUGGAUAGAAAAGCUGAGGUGAAGCGCAUAAUUGAAGACGUCAUCAACAACAUGACAGACGAGGAGCAUGAUGAUGGUGCAGAAGACGAUGCUGAGAGUGACGAGGUAAAGAGAGAUUCUGAUAAAGAUGACAAGUAGCUAUCGGAGUGAUGCCCUCUCCUCUCAUUGGAGUGACUAGGUAGAUCUAACCAUUUGACAAGCAUAAAUUGUCUCGGGCAGAAGUUAAUAUUGUGUUUGACUAGCUCAAUGUACAAUAUCCUUGUCUUUUAUGACAUUUUGGUAGCUAUAUAUUUCUGCUGAAACAUUUAAUAAUUAGGAAUGUGUUCUCGUUCACCAUUUAAUUUUAAGUGAGUGACCUUAUGUUCAGUGCAUAUUCCUGUACUGUGGCAUCAUAACAUUGAACCUUGUUUACAUGUAACUUGUAAGAUCUUGUAGUGUUUA